GGAUUUGGUGAGAACUCAUUUUCCAGUCUUUCAGUUGAGAGACAGCAGCAGAAAUGAAAGCCGUUGUUCUCUUAAGCGUUUUGGGAUGCGCACUUGCACAAGAAAGAUUGUUUUCGUGGAGUGAUCCGGGACAACCUAUUCAGCCUGACCCAACAGAUAACGCGUGUGUGACGGAUGUGGCGUCCUGCGGCUGCUGUCUGAUGCAGAAGCAGAUGUGGAAGAUGGAGAGUUUCUUCAACAUGAGCUUAAAUGAGCUGCAGCGUGGCCUGGACCGAGCUCACGCUGUGCUCAACAACAUCCGAGUGAGUCGCAGUGCUUUCUCUGUGGCCCUGACUGACUCUCGCCUCUGCGUCGGCCCGAACCGUGAAGACUCUGUGCUGAAAUAUGGGAAGGUGUUCAUUAAUCUGGGCGAGGGCUACAACAGCAGCAGCGGCGUCUUCACCGCUCCGCGCUCUGGAGUCUACAGCCUGGCCCUGACGCUGUACAGUGACUCUGGGUCUGCGGGGUCCGUGCUGGCGGCCUGCGCUCGACUGCGGCUGAACGGACGCACCAUCGCCUCCCCGACCGAAAAGAACACUCAGGACCAGGAGGACAGCGCUAGCGCUCUGUUAGCCGUGCAGAUGCUUGCCGGAGACCAUCUCGAUGUUUCUCUGCCGGCCGGAUGCUUUCUGUGUGACGAUAACAACCACUACAACACCUUCACCGGCUUCCUGCUCUACUCUACUGAUUAACACGAGGAGAACUGCUGUCUGUCGCACAUCAUGCACAACUACAGAUGAAGAUAUGAUCAGUUUAAGGCACUCGAGAAGGGGAAGUGUUCUGGAAUUAAAAAUGCUUUUCUUUGUUUGAGUUGUUGUCUUGUGUCUAGUCUAAACAUCUGAAGAUUCUUAAAUCAAGAAGCUUUUUCUAGACUAGUGAAACAUUUUGUGUCUUGUUUUCAGUCAAAAUGAAUGAGUUUUUCAUUAAAACAAGCAAAAUAAUCU